UUCUAUUACACAAACAACUCGAUCGACCAGGAAGACAACAAUGGCCUCUCAAGCUCCAGAAAAUGCCAAUAACUACAGUGCAUCUCGUGGAAUGCAAUGGCUUAGGGCCUUGCCUGGUAUAUUGUGGGACAUUGUUGCCAGAUCUGGAAGGAGAUCAGCCAAAAUAGCAAAAGAUGAUCCUCGAAGAAUCACUCAUUCUCUGAAAGUAGGGUUGGCACUCACAGUGGUUUCCUCGUUCUUCUUCCUCCGACGUCUUUACUAUAGUUUUGGUGACAACGCAAUUUGGGCCGUCAUGACAGUCGUUGUAGUCAUGGAAUUUUCUGUGGGCGCGACUCUGGGGAAGGGCCUCAAUAGAAUGUUGGCGACAUUGCUAGGAGGUUUUCUUGGUGUUGGGGUUCAACAAUUAGCAACUUUGUCAGGGGGCAAGGAGCAGCCAAUCCUAAUUGGACUAUUCCUCUAUAUCAUUGCGGCGCUUAUAACGUUCAUGAGAUUUGUUCCAGAAGUAAAGGCGAGAUAUGAUUAUGGGUUGACAAUUUUCAUAUUAACGUUCAGCCUUGUAUCAGUAGCUGGAUAUCGAGAUAAUCAGAUACUAAAUCUCGCAUUCAAGAGGCUUUUGACAAUCAUACUCGGCAGCUUUAUAGCCAUCAUUAUCUGUGUUUUCUUUUUCCCUGUUUGGAGCGGAGACGAUCUUCACAAUCUGCUCGCUACCAACUUGGAAAAACUCGGCAAUUUCUUGGAAGGGUUUGGAAAUCAGGACUUUGAAACCAAGAGUAUGAGAUCAUUUGCUGAAGAAUAUGAAAGCGUUCUCACCUCUAAGACCAGAGAAGAAACCCUGGCCAACUUUGCAAGAUGGGAGCCUGGUCAUGGCCAAAUAAGAUUCCGUCAUCCAUGGCGCAAAUACUUGGAACUUGGAAACUUAACGCGACAAUGUGCAUAUAAAGUAGAAGCUCUAGAUGUUUAUCUCUGGUCUUUGAUCCAGACACGUAAUGAAAUUGGAAUCAAAAUAAAGGAUUCAUGCCAAUCUGCCAGCUUAGAAUGUGGAAAAGCAUUGAAGAUAUUAGCUUCAUCAGUUAAAUCAAUAACAUGCUUACCAUCAACAACAACGAAGGCUCGUAUUGCCAAAGCAAAAGGUUCCAUUGAAUUGGUCCAUUCACUUUUAAGAUCAAAACCAUAUUGGGAAGGCGUAGAGCUCGUGGAGAUAGUCCCAGCUGCUGCAGUUACUUCACUGCUCAGUGACAUUGUGAUAUGCACAGAGAGAAUCAUCGAAGCUGUUGAUGAACUUUCCUCCUCAGCACAUUUCAAGAGUACUGUGCUUUCCGCAGCUGUGACGACUACUACUUCAAAGCCUCUUCCUCUAACUCGUGAGGGGAUUGUGAAGCCUGCUUUGGAAUCUCAUGAAUUACAUUAUCGCGCAAUCACAAUCAAUAAUGAUGGUUAUCCUUCAACUUUAACGAAAGAAUGCGGAAGCUUUUCAUCCAUAAAAGCCAUUAGGCAAUGAAUGAUAGUGAUGUAAUGGACGACAUAUAUAACAGUGUACUUUUAUUUUUCAGGUGUAUAAUACAUCGAUUUUUUCA